GAAAUUUCCGACGACUUUAAACGCAGCAUGGGUUACAGCGUCAGGGACGUGGAUGUGAAGGAUUUCCGCACCACGGUCGUAACAAUAAGUGUCCUACCAUGGCAACAGCACAAGUCUGUGUCCUGUUUAUUGUCAUUUGUACGACUUUAGCGGAAGACGUUGAAUUAAAACAUAAACCUGUGCGACUCUUCACUGAGGAGGAACUGAAGAGAUACGACGGCAGCAAGGAUGGACAGCCUAUCUACAUGGCAGUGAAGGGAGUGGUGUUUGAUGUCACCAAAGGAAAAGAGUUUUAUGGUAAGGAUGCACCAUACAAUGCUCUGGUUGGGAAGGACUCCACUCGAGCUGUGGCCAAGAUGUCCCUAGAUCCAGCAGACCUGACAUCAGAUACUUCAGGCCUCACUGAAGAGCAGCUGACAUCUCUGGAGAGUAUAUUUGAAGGCACGUACAAAGCAAAGUAUCCCAUUGUGGGUUACACAGCAUCGCGCAUCCUCAAUGAGGACGGAAGUCCCAACGAAAACUUCAGACCAGAGGACCAGCCUCAUUUUCACAUCAAAGAUGAGUUUUAAUCUCGUUUGUAAAAGGUAGCUGUGAAAAAGUAGCUAUGGAGGAGUUUUUUUGUUUGCUUUUUGGUUUAUUUUAGAUUCUUUAAAUAACCAGAAUCAGACUCAAAUGAGGCAAAUAAAACGUACAAACGAAGAACAAAGUAGGUGGUAGAAGCUUUCUGUUUGUGUUUACUUGAACUGAAGUUUUACAUUUUUUUAUUAGGUGCAACAGGUUUAAUGUGCACAGAUGCUAAGAGACCAUGUUGCUUAGGCUUAUAAUUCUGAAAUCCAGGGUUUCAAUAUAAGACUGCUGUGAUCAAAUUGUGGGAAUACUGCAGCUCAAAUGCAGAAGUUUUUUUUUUUGUACACCUUCAGCCUUAAUGCAUUGUAAUUGACUGCUGUACAUUUUUCAGGGCAACGCAAACAAGUAAAGUUAAAAUAUACUCAAACAGUGUGUGAUUGAAUUCAUAAAAAGAUCUAAAAUAUAUUCAAAUCAAAUGAAUAAAUCACAAUGAGCCUAGAG